CGUGGCUUUCGUCGGACAUUCGAAGUUCAAAUAAUUGUUUUACCCCUUGUCCAGUUGUUGAUUGCCGCUCUGUUUGUGUGUUGAUCAUUGUCGCCUUCCGUCUUUAAUGUACGGAAUAUUGCGGAAGGUUUGCAUGAUCACCAUUGUAUUAGUUCGCGAGUUAUCUUGCGCAAGUGAUUAAUUUGGUCGCACCACUCUUCUACAUACUACAUAUUUGGGUGUUGAGGAGAUUCCGAGCCUAAUCUCCAGCUUUUGCCGCUGUAACAGUUGCUGCACCACCCAGCCUGCGCGCUUAGAACACUUAGUCCCCCGGAGGCAGAGUGUUGCUCCUUUUCUAGUGACGACGAUGGACUCGCAAACGGAGGCCGAACUGCCGUCGGCAGCGGUGGCAGAUGAGCCGUUCCUCGGGCCGUUAGAUAUCAUCCUGUUGGUGAGCCUGGUUGCUGGAGCCGCUUGGUAUCUGCUCCGGUCGCGGAAAAAGGAUACCCAAGCUAGUCAAUUCAAAUCGUACUCCAUUCAACCGACGACGGUGAACACGAUGACGAUAGCGGAAAAUUCGUUCAUCAAGAAACUGCAAUCGUCGGGCCGCCGGCUGGUCGUUUUCUACGGUUCCCAAACGGGCACGGCCGAGGAGUUUGCGGGGCGCCUGGCGAAGGAAGGCAUACGGUAUCAGAUGAAGGGCAUGGUAGCCGAUCCAGAGGAGUGUAAUAUGGAAGAGCUGUUGCAGCUGAAAGACAUCGAGAAAUCCUUGGCCGUUUUCUGCUUAGCGACGUACGGCGAGGGCGAUCCAACCGAUAAUUGCAUGGAAUUUUACGAUUGGAUCCAAAAUGACGACUUAGACCUGACUGGCUUAAACUACUCGGUGUUUGGUCUUGGUAACAAAACUUAUGAGCAUUAUAACAAGGUGGGAAUAUAUGUGGACAAGCGGCUGGAAGAACUUGGAGCCACGAGAGUCUUCGAACUAGGUUUGGGAGAUGAUGACGCAAACAUUGAGGACUAUUUCAUUACGUGGAAGGAAAAGUUUUGGCCAACCGUUUGCGAUUACUUUGGAAUCGAAAGCACAGGAGAGGAUGUGCUAAUGCGACAGUAUCGGUUGCUGGAGCAACCGGACGUGAGCGGUGACCGUAUUUACACCGGCGAGGUUGCAAGGUUACACUCGCUCCAGACGCAACGGCCACCGUUUGAUGCCAAGAAUCCGUUCCUCGCUCCAAUCAAAGUUAACCGCGAAUUGCACAAAGCGGGCGGACGCUCGUGCAUGCACAUCGAGUUUGAUAUCGAUGGGUCUAAAAUGCGGUACGAGGCGGGCGAUCACCUUGCGAUGUAUCCGGUGAAUGAUCUCGAUUUGGUUGAACGGAUGGGUAAACUGUGCAACGCAAAUUUGGAUACGGUAUUCUCGCUCAUCAACACCGACACCGACAGCAGCAAGAAGCACCCGUUCCCUUGCCCAACCACCUAUCGUACCGCCCUUACGCACUACUUGGAAAUAACCGCUCUCCCGCGAACCCACAUUCUCAAGGAGCUGGCCGAGUACUGCAGCGAAGAAAAGGAUAAAGAGUUUCUGCGCUUCAUGUCGUCCACUGCGGUGGAUGGCAAAGCCAUGUACCAAGAGUGGAUUCAGGACAGCUGCAGAAAUGUUGUGCACGUGCUAGAGGAUAUUCCGUCGUGCCACCCUCCUAUCGAUCACGUAUGCGAACUGCUGCCCCGGUUGCAGCCACGCUACUAUUCCAUUUCGUCAUCGUCCAAGAUCCAUGCAACGACCGUUCACGUCACUGCCGUGCUGGUGAAAUAUGAAACAAAAACCGGGCGAUUGAAUAAGGGCGUAGCAACCACAUUCCUGUCGGAGAAGCGGGCUGGCGACGGCGACAAUGCACCGCGAGUGCCAAUUUUCAUCCGUAAAAGCCAGUUCCGGUUACCUGCGAAGCCGGAAACACCAGUAAUAAUGGUUGGUCCCGGCACCGGAAUAGCGCCGUUCCGUGGUUUUAUCCAGGAGCGCGAUUUCACCAGACAGGAAGGCAAGGAAAUCGGACAAACCAUACUAUACUUUGGCUGCAGGAAACGUUCGGAGGACUACAUUUAUGAAAAUGAAUUGGAAGAUUACGAGGCUCGUGGUAUCGUCAAGUUACGUGUUGCAUUUUCCCGAGAUCAGGAGAAGAAAGUUUACGUUACACACUUGCUGGAACAAGAUACAGAUCUCAUUUGGAAUGUAAUAGGGGAAAACAAGGGGCACUUCUAUAUUUGCGGUGACGCGAAAAACAUGGCAACUGACGUGCGCAAUAUAUUACUGAAAGUUAUUCGUACUAAGGGAGGAUUGGGCGAAGCGGAAGCACAACAGUACAUCAAAAAAAUGGAGGCGCAGAAACGAUAUUCUGCUGAUGUGUGGAGCUAAUCGCUAGGCCUUAACUAAUUCCAAUGCUUCUAAUUUGCAUGAAAAUAAGACUUCCUCGACAAACAUCCUUAGUUUCAGAAUGCUACUCGUUCCGUUCAUUAUAGUUGUUUUCAGGUAAUUUUAUUAGGAGUUUUUACUGUUUUUGUAUGGCAUAAUAUGUGUCUCGAUAUGUUUUUUACUUCUGUUGUGUAUCAUUUUAGAACUUUUUAUUACUUGAAUUUGUUUUUUUUAUUAUUUUCUGGUCGUUGAGCUUCAAAUAAGGAUGUAAUUGUGCUACCUAUAUUAUACUGUUUUCAGUUUCUUGGCUUGCACACGGGCACGCCACGGUUUAAACGGUGCAGUCCAAGCGACUCACGGCGGCGCUAUUACACUGGUAUAAAGUUUCUGCAACAGGUUGCAAAUUUUUACGUACAAGGUUUUUAAUUUGUUUUCUUUUCCAUUCUCCCGAGUGACUGUUGGGGGACCUUUAUCUUAAAAUACGAUUUUGAGGGUAAACGAUAACAUUUUUUAUUCAUAUACAUAGAACGCGCCACAAGGUAAGAAAUACUGUGCUAGGCCUAAUUGUGUGGAAGUGUUUCGGUAGCGUUGUUGCUCCAAAAGAGAAGAUAAUAAAAUAUGUACAAU